AAUUAAAGAAGGUUGUAUUGUAUGUACGUGGUUUAAUUAAUUCAGAAAGCAAAGAAUGUCGUGUUGUGGAGGUGCAGAAGAUGAAACAAUCAGUGGUCCUCCGGCAAACAAUUACAGUACCGCCCCGCCUAAUAGCGCGUAUGGCCACGGAGGAGGUUACAUAUUAAUAUAUAAUAUAUAUAUAUAUAUUUGUUAAUUAAUGAAUUAGAUGCAGACUAGUCCUCCUAUAUAUAUAGAUAUUAAUAAUAAUGAAAUGUGUUGUUAUAGGUGGAGGUGAAAGAGGAGAGCCAAGGUCAUCUGCAGCAAGAGGAGGUGCGGGGGCCCCACAGAAAGUAUUGCCGAUAGAGAUACCAGCUCUGUCGUUGGACGAGCUUAAUAAAGCCACCUCUAAUUUCGGAUCGAAAGCUCUUAUCGGAGAAGGCUCUCUUGGCCGUGUCUUUUACGCUAAGCUCAAAGAUGGUCAGGAAUCUGCUAUCAAGAAGCUCGAUACCUCCUCCACAGACCCCGACACCGACUUUGCUGCCCAGGUCGCUAUCGACGGUAUCGAGGCUUAA